AUGCAGCAGCCGCCGAGGAGCCCUGCAGCUUCUGCUGUCCCUGCCGCCGCCGCCGAGCCUGCCUCCGCCGGUGUGACGAGCCGCCGCCGCCGCUGCCGUCGCUUCUGCCCCGGCCCUGCCCUGCUGCCGAGCCGCGGCCCUGACCUGCCGCCCAGUUGCGGCCCCGACCCUGCCGGUGCACCACGGCCCUGCCCCACCAGUAGCGGCCUCCCUACCCACCCGCCCCUGGUCUCGCUUUUUGAUCUCACGUUUGGCGCCUCUGCUGCACCUGCUGCAACUGCUGAUAGUGUUGUUCGCUCACAGUGGACCACUCGCGAUGCUGCUGCCCGCCUUGCUAUUCGUAGUCACCUGCCGUCUGCUGAGCGCGCGCACUUUAGUCAGUACAAGACCACUAGGACUCUGUACAACGCUGUUGUUGCGCGCUACUCCUCCCCUGCCACUGCUGCCCUUAGUCGCCUCAUGCUGCCGUACCUGUUUCCUGACCUAGCCGCUUUUGCCACAGUCACUGACCUCAUCACGCACCUUCGCACUAGUGACACCCGCUACCGCGCUGCGCUACCUGCAGAGUUCUGCACCAAGAACCCCCCCCCUAUGUACAUCACUCUCUACUACCUCGUCACCCGGCUCCCUGACUCCCUUUGCUCGGUCAGGGACCACUUCCUCUCCCUCUGCCCCACCACGCUCACCGUUGACCUCCUCGAAGAGCGCCUCUUUGCAGCUGAGAAGAGUAUAGUCGCUGUAGGGGCCUCUCGUGGUGACCCUCGCGCCCCUUUCUUUGAGGGGUGCUCCCCCUCUCCCCUCUUGCCCUCAGUUGCCUCUACUGCUGCUGUCGACCUCGUUGGCGACCGCAGUGGAGAGACGUGCGGCGGCCCGCACACCACACCUCGCUGCUUCGGCCGCCUAACUGACACCUGGAGUACUCAGUUCCCUGGCUCUGCUGAGAUCCCUCGCUGGGAUAUUCUGCUUAAGUCGGGGGUUGCUAUCUUUGAUCUUGACUUUGAUGUUAUCCUUGCUGCUAUGUAUGCUGUGUCUAUUAGUGCUGAGGGUGAUUGUUACCUGUGUGUUCCGCCCGACCUGGGAAUUGAGGCUGCUGCACUAGGUGCUAGUGAGUCUACUGCUCCAUGUGCUGCAUGUGGCAGUCUCUCUGGCUGA